GUGGUGGCGGAGCUCGGUGAUCCGAAUCAAUAGGGAAAUUGACUCUCGCGAGAAUGUGCAGAUGCGUGGAAAGAAGGACGAACCCUGGGGAUUCAUAAUACCACACAUUAUUAUUCAUAUCAUCAACAUCCGAUAUGGUGUAGUGGCUAACAUCGCCGUCUCUCACACGGCAGCCGGGGGUUCGAUUCCCCCUAUCGGAGUUUCUUUUUUGGUGUUAUAUCCUUACUUACUUUGGAUAUUGAGAAGGUUAUGGAUAUCCAAAUUUUUAUUCAAGCUUGCGUGUUGGGGAGUUACCUGGCGAAACAAGAAUUAA